AUGACGAAGAUGCUGGACCUGCUGGAGGAUUUCCUGGACUACGAGGGCUACAAGUACGAGCGCAUCGACGGGGGCAUCACGGGGGCCCUGCGCCAGGAGGCCAUCGACCGCUUCAACGGUAGGACCCCGGUGUCCGGGGGCACCCAGGCGUUCUGCUUCCUGCUGUCGACGCGGGCCGGGGGCCUCGGCAUCAACCUGGCCACCGCCGACACCGUCGUCAUCUUCGACUCCGACUGGAACCCCCACAACGACAUCCAGGCCUUCAGCCGGGCGCACCGCAUCGGCCAGGCCAACAAGGUGAUGAUCUACCGGUUUGUCACACGCGCGUCGGUGGAGGAACGCAUCACGCAGGUGGCCAAGCGCAAGAUGAUGCUGACGCACUUGGUAGUGCGCCCGGGGCUGGGCUCCAAGGCCGGCUCCAUGUCCAAGCAGGAGCUUGAUGACAUCCUCAAGUUCGGCACUGAGGAGCUCUUCAAGGAUGAGAAUGAGGGGGAGAACAAGGAGGAGGACAGUAGCGUCAUCCACUACGACAACGAGGCCAUCGCCCGGCUGCUCGACCGCAACCAGGAUGCCACCGACGAUGCCGACGUGCAGAACAUGAACGAGUACCUCAGCUCCUUCAAGGUGGCCCAGUACGUCGUGCGUGAGGAGGACAAGAUCGAGGAGAUCGAGCGGGAGAUCAUCAAGCAGGAGGAGAACGUCGACCCCGACUACUGGGAGAAGCUGCUGCGGCACCACUACGAGCAGCAGCAGGAGGACCUGGCGCGCAACCUGGGCAAGGGCAAGCGGGUGCGCAAGCAGGUCAACUACAACGAUGCCGCCCAGGAGGACCAAGACAACCAGUCCGAGUACUCGGUGGGCUCCGAGGAGGAGGACGAGGACUUCGACGAGCGGCCGGAGGGUGAGCGUCCCCCGCGUCCCCUGGCCUACGUGUCCCUGUUCAUGCGUCACCUGUGCGAGCCGGGGGCCGACGGCUCCGAGACCUUCGCGGACGGGGUCCCCCGGGAGGGGCUCUCGCGGCAGCAGGUGCUGACCCGCAUCGGCGUCAUGUCCCUCGUCAAGAAGAAGUCCUUAGCGCGCAGCCACGGCUACGCGCGCUGGACGGACAUCCAGAACGACGGCGCCUUCGGGGUCAUCAACGAACCCUUCAAGGGCGAAGCCUCCAAGGGGAACUUCCUCGAGAUGAAGAACAAGUUCCUCGCACGCCGCUUCAAG